GAAGCGAGUGGUGGAAGAAAGAUACUAAAAAUGCCUUUUCCUUUGCGCAACAAACCGAAAUUUUUCAAAGCGUUGAACAUUGACAUUGGUAAUGGUUCAGUGCAACCCUUGCCAACUACACUCGCACUUCCAAGAUUCGUCCCCAUAUUGAUCAUUACUUUAUUCAAUUAUUGAACUCAAUAAUUAUUAUUUAUUUUAUUUAAUCUGACAAAACAUAGAACAGUACCUUCCUCUUCUCGCAUCCCAUCUCAUGUAUUAUUGUAUUUUUGUUACCAAAUCUUAUCAAGUGUGAUAAUAGAUUAAUAAAUCUUUUAUUUUUAUUUCUUAACUAAUGUUUUUAGAGUUAAUUAAUUAGCAUUUAAUUAUUUUUUUUAUCUUAUAAUAUAAAGCUUCCAAUGUUGACUUGAGCACAGCAAGCUCUGCCUCUGUGUGGAGAGAUAAGAGGCAGGAAAUGAAAUUCAGAUCUUUGAGGCAAUACCCAUUUGAAAUCUAACCUUGAAAUUGAGUUUGAAUGGCGAAAGUUUGGAUUUUGAUGGUGAUGGUGGUUGUGGGUGUGAUUGGCAUUGGGAGUACUGAAGGGGCAAGGAAGCAUCCAUGGAGGAUCCACACUCUCUUCUCCGUGGAAUGUCAGAACUACUUCGAUUGGCAAACGGUGGGGCUUAUGAACAGUUAUAGGAAGGCCAAGCAACCUGGACCCAUCACUCGUCUCCUUAGUUGCACUGAUGAAGAGAAGAAGAAUUACAAAGGCAUGCAUUUGGCACCAACCUUUGAGGUUCCCUCAAUGAGUAGACACCCCAAAACUGGUGACUGGUACCCUGCUAUAAACAAACCUGCUGGGGUUGUACACUGGCUCAAACAUAGUAGGGAUGCAAAAAAUGUUGAUUGGGUUGUCAUUCUGGAUGCAGACAUGAUAAUCCGGGGCCCAAUUUUACCUUGGGAACUUGGUGCUGAGAAAGGAAGACCUGUUGCAGCAUACUAUGGGUACUUAAUAGGUUGUGACAAUAUUUUGGCUCAACUGCACACAAAACACCCAGAACUGUGUGACAAAGUUGGUGGGCUUUUGGCCUUUCAUAUAGAUGACCUGCGAGCUUUUGCGCCCUUGUGGCUUUCGAAAACAGAAGAAGUACGGGAAGAUAGGGCGCACUGGUCAACAAACAUAACUGGUGACAUCUAUGGGAAAGGAUGGAUCAGUGAGAUGUAUGGAUACUCUUUUGGUGCUGCAGAAAUUGGACUUCGGCACAAGAUCAAUGAUAACUUAAUGAUCUACCCAGGUUAUGUUCCUCGAGAGGGAAUCGAGCCUGUUCUUCUUCACUAUGGGCUGCCAUUUAGUGUUGGGAAUUGGUCAUUUAAUAAACUGGCUCACCAUGAUGAUGGAAUUGUUUAUGAAUGUAACCGGCUCUUUCCAGAACCUCCUUAUCCCAGAGAGGUAAGGCAGUUAGAACUUGAUCCUAAUCGAAGGCGAGGACUGUUUCUAAGCAUAGAGUGCAUAAACAUUAUAAAUGAAGGUCUUUUAUUACAACAUGCAGUAAAUGGUUGCCCUAAACCAACAUGGUCUAAAUACUUGAGCUUUUUGAAAAGCAAAGCUUUUGCUGAACUAACACAGCCAAAGUAUGUGACUCCUGCUACUUUACAAAUGAUGGAGGAUAUCAAAGAAGAACAUGUUGAUCAUGAUGCUGGAAAGCCACACCCCAAAAUUCACACAGUUUUUUCCACAGAAUGCUCAACAUAUUUUGAUUGGCAGACUGUAGGAUUGAUGCACAGUUUCCGUAUGAGUAGACAGCCUGGAAAUAUCACUAGACUUCUCAGCUGUUCUGAUGAAGACUUAAGGCAAUAUAAGGGCCAUGAUCUGGCUCCCACGCAUUAUGUCCCUUCUAUGAGUCGACAUCCAUUAACAGGAGAUUGGUAUCCAGCUAUUAAUAAACCAGCUGCCAUCCUUCACUGGCUCAAUCAUGCAAAUAUUGAUGCUGAGUUCAUAGUGAUUCUUGAUGCUGAUAUGAUCUUGAGAGGCCCAAUCACACCAUGGGAAUUCAAAGCUGCUCGUGGCCAUCCAAUUUCAACUCCCUAUGACUACCUUAUUGGCUGUGACAAUGAGCUUGCGAAAUUACAUACUAGUCAUCCUGAGGCUUGUGACAAGGUUGGUGGUGUAAUCAUUAUGCAUAUUGAUGAUCUCCGGAAAUUUGCUUUGCUAUGGCUGCAUAAAACUGAGGAGGUUCGAGCAGAUAGAGCUCACUAUGCAAGAAAUAUAACAGGAGACAUAUAUGAAUCUGGUUGGAUUAGUGAGAUGUAUGGUUACUCUUUCGGUGCAGCAGAGUUGAAAUUAAAGCAUACUAUAAACAAUGAGAUACUGAUAUACCCUGGAUAUGUUCCUGUACCGGGUGUCAAAUAUAGAGUUUUUCAUUAUGGAUUGAGAUUCAGCGUUGGGAAUUGGAGCUUUGACAAAGCAGACUGGCGCAAUGUUGACAUGGUAAACCAAUGCUGGGCCAAGUUUCCAGAUCCACCAGACUCCUCAACACUUGAUCCAUCUAAUGAGGAGAAUUUACAGCGCGACCUACUAAGCAUAGAAUGUGCUAUGACGUUGAAUGAGGCACUGAAUCUGCAUCACCAGAAAAAGUGUUCAAGUCAUAAUUCCUUGUUGACAUCAAAAGAUGAGGAGAGAAUAGAGGAAAGUGGAGUUUCAAGGGAAGUUGACAACAUAGAUGGAAAUAUUGAUUCAAUAAGCAAUAACAUCUCAACCAAUCGAUCGGAGGAAUCGGCAAGGGUUCAUAAAGAUCCGAAUGAGAUGCCUAGUUCUUUCAGGUUUUGGGUGAUAUUCUUGUGGGCAUUUUCUGGACUAGGUUUCUUGGUUGUGAUUUUUUUGGUUUAUUCAGGUCAUAAAAGAAGAGGAACAAGGUCAAAACAUAGUAGAAGGAGAAGAAGCUUGCAUUCAGGAUUCAUGGAAACGAAUGGCCGUGACCGGCAUAGCCGUGGUCUUGAUGUUCCUCUGUAACCAUUGUGCUCCUUUUCAAUUUCUUGGUGUAAAGCUAGUUGCUCAGAAUUUCAAGACUACCAUGCAAAGAUCACAAAAUUGAAGGUUCUUAGAAGUCAUAUUUCUUGAGGGAGCCUAUGUGACUUCAUUCAUGCAAAGGAAGCCAUCAUGACACCCUUCAAGAGGCCUCCCAUUUUUUCAUAUUGUCUAUGAAUAUUAAUGACACAGAAAUUUGCGGAGGGAAAAUAAUCUUCAGUUCUUUUAUUUGAGAUUGCUUGUACUAUUUUGUGCCCAUAAAUCAGAAGAUCUUAGUAAUGUAGAACAAGAAAUUGGAUUAUUAUCCUGCAGAAUAGGCGAGUGAAAUUUUGUAUACUUUUAAUUUUCUUUUUUGCCUUGUGAUGACGAAGGAAUUUUUCUUACUGCUGACAUAUUAUGUCUUUGAUGUAACAUUUUUAACGAUCUUAACCCUCAACACUUGCUGUAAAGACACUUACAUAAUAAAAUGGGGUUACUUGCCAGCAUAUAUUCAUUCCCUUG